GCCGUCCAGCUGCUGGAGCAAGCCUUUUCGAAGGUCGAAGCAGAUGACCAAUUAGAUGAGGUUGCUCUGGCCAGAGUGGGAGUGCAAGUGCUGCUGUGUGCAGGCCUUUCGCAGGCUGCUCGGCAUGCCGAAGCACUGGAUGUGGCACAGUGUGCGUCGGAGGCAGCCGAUUUCGUGGUGUCUGAGCUUUAUGAGAAGGCUCGGAGGCCUUCCAGCGACUCGGACAAGGGUGGCUGCGUUUCACGUGCAUUGCUGCAGCGGGCAGUUGAGAUCUCCGUCCAAGCAAGGCAGUGCCAGGCAUUGGAGCUCGAAUUCAUGGGGCCCAGGGAUAUUGACAUGAUGGAGUUCUGGGACAGCUUGCGGCGACUUCAUCAACAAAGUCUGUCCUUGGCUGAAGCAUUGCCUCACCACAGCGUCGUCCGACUACGAGCUGCUCAGGCAAAACGGGAGUGGCAGAUCCGAGCUGCAGAAGCAACUCUGCCGAAAGCCCCGCUGGCAUCCUCCAGCUUGGGCCAGAACAGUUCUUUGCAGGUCUGGCGGUCUCUUCUGGGGCCGCCGCCGAAAUGUGCGGUACGCAGGUCUGACGCGGGAGCUGGGUUGCCCAAGCACCAGCGUAUGCACCUAGGAAUACCGCCUCCAGUUGACAUGGAUUUCGAGCGGCGGAGGCGUGCGAACGCUGCUGAGCGACGACCUGGCAGCAUGGAGACGUUGAGCUCUACUUCGUUGUCCUCGUUCGCAUCAGUGAACAAGGGCCUCGACGAAUCUUCCUCAGCACCGCAGCUUGGUGGCUGGUCACCUUCUGACACAGGCAGCAGCCUCGGUGUGAAGCCUUGGAGCAGGCACCCUUUACCUGCUGGAGACCUUUAUGUAUGUACAUCACCCCGGCGAACACAGCUGCCACGGACCCCAAACUGGGCAUCGACCAGGCGGGUCCCAGUGCUCUUCUCCGUGCAGGGUACUAAGGGCAAGGCGUCCUGGGCCUUGAGGAGCUCCAAAAAGAAGAAUCGGGACGUCAAUGACGACAAGCGCAUGAAUGCCUUCGAGGACUGGCGCAAGAAUGGCUCUGGUCCGAAAAUGCGGCUCAUAGAUCAGGUGUUGCAGACGGAGAAUGGAAUCCAGCAUUUUCAAGAGAAUCUCAAGACUCAGAGCUACAGAUUCAAGAACUUUUGGCUAAAGGAUAUGGUUACAGAAGAUGAUCUGUACAGUGAUCGAACGUUUUUCUGUUCGGAGGGUCUUCGAGUCUUGAAGAGAAAUCCGCAGAGACAACCAAGAGCCAUGUCACCAAUCAAACCCAAGGCCAAGCAGCUCUUCCAGCAUUACGAUGUGCAGUGCCCUAGCAUAAGCGACUUGUCCGGGCUCCACAGUGAAGUGAAGGGCUAUUCGGAAUUGCUGGAAAAAUCUCAGGAGACUGCAACUAGCUUGGGCAGCUUGCCAUACUUCAAAAGGGGAGGACGCAGAAUGAGCUUCGGCCAGUUCGACGCCCUCAAGGAAAUCUUGACAAAGCAUCGGCGGAUGGGGGUAGCUGGAAUUUCCUCGAAUUCCCCGGGCAACUUCCGCUGA